UGUAUCCUUGCAUUAACCUCUCACGACGACGUGAGGUCUGCUGCCCCAGAUCUGACCAUCAUGUCCAGCCUGACAACUACAUGCUUUCUGCUGGCUCUAAUCGGUUGCAUCAGUGGUCAGUUUUUACCUCAGGUGCCGUUUGAGAUGGCUCGCAAAGGCAGGACUAGGAUAUUGAGCUGCACAGUGGACAAUUCAGUAACGCUCUCCUCCACUGCUAUUCACUUCUACAGACAGAAACCCGGAGAGGCCUUUCAGCGCAUUUUAUACUUCGCAGCUGGUGCUUCAAAAGCCACCCCCGAUCCUGAAUUUCCCAGCAGAUUUAGUGGUAGUAAAAAGGACAGCACCUUCACAGUGACCAUCCCAAAUACAAAAGACGAAGACGCGGCCACUUACUACUGCGCGCUGUGGCGCGGGGAUAAUGACAAAGUCUUCAGUUCAGGCACCAGACUGUAUGUUUCAGGUGAAACAAAAACAGUGCCUCCCAAAGUGUCUGUGUACGGAAUGUCCAAGGUACAAACAAAUCAAAAGCGUGUACUGCUGUGCCAGGCGAGAGACAUGUUCCCAGACCUGGUGAAAUUCACAUGGCAAGCAGUGGAUCAGAGUGGAAAUAAAGUGGAGCUGAAAGAUGAGGAGAUGCUGGAACAGAGAGAAAAUCCAGAGGUCAAAAUUACCAGCAUGCUCAUCGUAGAUAAACAGAAAAGCAUGGACUAUACAUUCAACUGCUCGGUUCAAUUCGGCAACAAAAAUUCGGCGUUCACCAUUCCAAAAGGUCCUGAUCCUGUUGUUGUCCCUGCUCAAACCUGCCCAACUUCAAAACCCAAAGCACAUGAAGAAAAAGAAAAAGUCAAAAAAGAAGAAGAAAAAGAAGAGGAAGAACCUAUAUAUGAUGGGUUUGAGCUCAGACAGAGUCUGAAUCUGUUCAGUGUGACGUAUAUGAUACUGCUGGUGAAGAACAUACUGUAUUUCUGCACCGUCUCUUUCUUGCUGUAUAAAAGACACACCGCAAACAAGGAGACGCUCAGAAGCACGGCUCGUUGAUCAGUCCAUCAGCUGGACAGCAUGACACACCACAACAACCACUUACUUUUUUAUUCUGCAACAUGUUUGUCUUAGUUAUUAAAACUUUUUUCACACUCAUAACAGGAAAUAAUUUCGAUAUGAAGUCUUUGGACAAACCAAUUUUUUUAUUCUCUUUAGAUUAGUGCUAAGUAAAUAAUAGUUGUGCUUUUCCGGAGAUGGAAUUUACGCUCUAUGCAUUACCACAAUGUUUAAUAAAUUACUAAAGAUUAACUUAAGGAUUUCUUUUUUUUUUUUAAAUUCUAAGUUUCAAGAACACAACAAUUACCUAACAUUAAUCCAUAUAUAUAUACACACUGUAUUUGGUUAUCUUAAAUUCUAAGUUUCAAGAACACAACAAUUACCUAACAUACCUAACAUUAAUCCACAUAUAUAUAUAUAUAUAUAUAUAUAUAUAUAUAUAUAUAUAUACACUGUAUUUGGUUAUCCAUUUUAAGCUCAACCGUCUUUUAAUGCAUUUUUAUGAAGAUUAAGAUACUUUGAUUAGAAUGGAAACUGCCAUGGGAGGAAAGUGUGGUCAUGGUGGGGUUUUUUUAUACACAGUAGCUGAAUGUGUUUAUUGGAAAUAAAACACAUGCAGCAGCUUCACCACAACUUGCUGAGUUGAUAAGCUAUUAGCUGCACAGGAUGUGUGUUUGUGUGAUUCUCUGAACGCUUAUUUAUACACCCUUAUUUCUAUUCCUUAAGUUCUUAUUUUACUAAAAUAGUUAUUGUUCAGAAACUCUCUUUUGUACGGUUCUUUACAUGUUUCCCCAAAUGGGUGAUCAGAGAACCAUUAAGGGUUAUAAAUGUUUUUUUUCCCUUAAGAGUGAAGAUGGUUAUUUAGAUGCAUCUAAAACAAAGCCCUGGGAUGAUAAUACUCCCUUUUUUACAUGGCCUCCUUUACAAAUAAAUGGCUUGCCUUCCUCUCAACAUUCACAACAAUUUUCAAGAAUGUUAGACACCAUAUAGCCAAUUCUAACAAUAUAUAAUUAAACAGUAAUAUAGUAAUUCUACUGUGAUAAAUACCAUAAUUGACAUUGUUUUGUGAAUUUUUGAAAAGUAUAAAUGACUGAGCUGCUGGAGAGAGACCAAGACCACAGUGUAGAAAGUAGCGAUGGUAAAUUUGAAAACUGUUGCCUAUAGAUAUCUUCUGCAUUUAUUAAUACAAAUUCAACUUUUGCCUAAUAUUAUUUUCUUUGUAUUUUUUAAAAUUAAAAUUAUUGUCUAAUCCUACAUUCAUUAUAAUAUAUUUUUUAUAUAUAUCUAGUGCAGGUUACAUCAGUACACUGUGACACUGAAUGUUCAAAGGUGCAAAAUUUCCGUAAUUAGUGCUAAAUGAUCGUUUAGCAGUGAGGUUGCACCUGGACUCUCAUAGUGGUAUUUCCAUAUGUACUUUCUUGUGGUGCAACAGUUUGAUUAUAUUUGAUUAUACAUCAAAUGAAAAGAAAAUAACUUUCAUUAUAUACAAAUACUUUAGUAACGAACAAAACCGCAUACUCCUUACUACAAUUACAACCUUAUAUUAAGUUUGAUUAUCCCACCUACUGAACUGCUUCUUCUUCUUCUUCUUCUUCUUCUUCUUCUUCUUCUUUUUCCAGUAAAAGAUUUCAUUGUCAUUUAAACUAAAAUAAAUAAUGUAAUAAAUAGACAGUAAUAAUAAUAGAUGUUAAAGUAAGUUGUGCUAAUUGUUCAACUGAACAAUUUUUAAUAAUACUGUUUUGUUGUUUUUUUUCAUUUGGUAAUUACUUGCUAUUGUUUAACAGUUAAAUUAACAUUUAACUUGAUGCAAAGUUCUAUUCUCUUGCCAUCAUUGCCGUAUACUAUAUAUACAGCUCUGGAAAGAAAAAAAGAGACCACUGCCCAAUCUCCAGAUUUGAACCCUAUUGAAAACCUCUGGAAUGGUAUCAAGAGGAAGAUGGAUGGUCACAAACCAUCAAGCAAAGCUGAGCAAAGAGUGGUAUAAAGUUCCCCAAUAGCAAUGUGAAAAACUGGUGGAGGGCAUGGAGCCGAAACACAUGCAAAUCGGGGUUAUUCCACCAAAUACUGAUUUCUUAAUGUUAUUUAGCCAAAGC